AUGCCCGAGCCCCCCCGCUCCAUUCACUCGGAGUGCCUGAAGAUCGACGUCAAGGCACCAGGGCUGACCACGUCGGCCUACUUGCUGUCGGACCGCAUCCGCGCCCUCUUCCAGACGUGCCAGUUCUUCGACGUGCACCUGAGGGUGGGCAAUGCAAGAUUCCCGGCUCAUCAGGCAGUUCUCGCGGCGAUGAGCGACUGGCUCCGGCUGAACUUGAAAAGCCUCCUCGAAGAGGAAGAGGGCUCGGACCAGUUGCCGCAGAUCCGGCUGGAGCGGAUCUCAAAUCCGGAUGCUGUCAUGAUCCUCUUGGACGCGGCAUACGAGUUGGGUGGCGAGGGCCCGAUCCCUCACGCAGCAUUGGCCGAUGUGCUGCGCUUAUCUCACAUGUUUCAGCUCCGCCGGCUUGAAGAACAAGCAGUGCAGUCGUUGGCAAUGGAGAUCACAGGUGAGAAUGUCUUGGAGCGCCUGGACAUCUGUGUGGAAUUCAAUCUCACCUUCUUGUAUGAGCGCAUCUUGACCCAUCUCCACGAGCAAGGCCUACUCCUUGAGGUCUGCAAGUGCCCGGAGAUGUGCUGCUACCCGCAGCUCAUGCAGCACAUGGUGAUGUACCUCUCCACCCACGACCUGAAGUGA